AUGAGACCCACGAUGGAGAAAGCUAUUAACGCAACGUGCACGAGAAAUGAGUUUAUUCCUAAGCCUGCUCCACCCCAACUAUCGAUCGAAAUCGUCAUUGUUGACACCGAAACCACGGGUUUUGAAGCAAACGCUGAUAUCGUGCAUAUUGCUGCUAAGUGUGGUACUCAAUCGUUCCAAGCGUUUAUGAUUCCUCAACAGCCCAUCCAUGCCAAGGCUUCGGAAAUAUCUGGUUUUUCUGUCGAAAAUGGUUAUCUGCUAUAUUUUAAACAGAGAGUAGAAACUACUCCAUCAGUCACAGCAGCCAAUGACUUCGUCAACUUUUUAUGCGGUUUAAAUUCGCAAAUUUUGAUCGUCGGACACAAUAUCAUCAGGUUCGAUGCUCCCUUGAUAUUGCGGUGGUUGGAAAAACACGAUUUGCUCGAAAAAAUGUGUUCGAUCACAUAUGGUUUUACAGACACAAUGCCACUACUUCGACAAGGAAAAAUAUCAAAGCAAGCUGUGCUAGCAAAACAAUACCUCACAAGCCCGGAGUGGAAAUUAUUUCAUGAAAAAGCUCACAAUGCAUUAACCGAUUGUUACGUUCUAAACGGUCUUUUGGAACAUUUUGAAAUAAGUAAUGAAGUUCUCAUAAGUAGAGCUGUGUCAUUAAAAGCAUUUUUAGAGCGACAGGCAAUGUUGCGGAAGCAGAAUGCUCAACUUCGAUUUCUUCGUCCAAUGGAAAAUGCUGUUUCUGAAUACAUGUUGAACAAAAUGGCACGGCAGGGUGUAACCAUGGAGGGACUAGUAAGAGAAUAUAAGCUCCAUGGAGAUGAAGGUAUCAAAGUCUAUCUUGGUGAGCCAGUGAAUGGGAAACCAAGAAUAACAACAAAUAACAGAAUCGUACAAAAUGUGAUAGAGCGCGUGAAAAAUUUUCUCGCGAAAAAGAGCACAAAUUAA